UCACCCUGUAUAUAAAAAAAUGUUCGAAAAAGUGACACCAAUGUCAAAACUUGUCCAAAAACAGCUAUUUAGAUGCCUGUGUUCAGGUGCCGUUUUAGAAAGCAGCAUUUUUUGUGGCUCCUUGUAUUAGUUCUAGUUUUAAUAAUUGUAAUUCAUCAAAUUAUUGCCCGAAUGAAAAAAACUGACUUUGAAGAGUCCGGUGCUCCCCCUGUUUCGGUUUUACGAAGGAUAAAGACUAUCACCCAGUGUUUUGAUCGGCCCAUGGUGAGCCAAAUUACGCAAAACGGCCAAUUUUGGGUCUUGAACAACCACAUAAAGGCCUCAGAACGGUUCAAAUGCCAUGAAAGUGUCACAAUAACAACGCAAGGCGAUUUCAUGUUCCUUGAAAACUUGCCCAUCUUGGUGGAGAGAUGGAAGGGACCCAUCAGUGUGGCCGUCUACGCCCCUGGAAGCGAUUUUAAACGCACCAUCGACUCCAUUCGCUAUCUACGCCACUGUGAUAGCCCCCUUAUUGCGAAGUUUGUCACGUUUCAUAUUUUUUUCGAUGCGGAACAUGUUCCAGAAAAGAAUUUCCAGCCGGAAGAAGGCUUCGAUUGUGACAAAAAAAAUCCCCCAUAUCACACCAAAACAACCACUUACAAAACCUCCCAAAACUUGCUUUAUCCUAUCAACGUGGCCCGAAAUAUAGCGCGAAAAAUGGCCCAAACCCACUUCAUCCUCCCCUUGGACAUCGAACUGUUCCCGACUCCCGACUUCAUCCCGAAAUUCCUGGCAAUGAUCGCCCGCAAUCAACCGUCCCUCAACCCCCGGGUCUUCCCUUUGCCAGUUUUCGAAAUCGAAUCCGGGCAAAAACUCCCCGAAAAUAAAACCCAACUCCGGGAACUGCUCUCCAGAAAAUUAGCAAUUCCUUUCCACGAAAAUAUUUGUGCAAUGUGUCACAACAUCCCGGAUUUGGACGAAUGGGUGCAACUGAACGAAACGAAAAAUUUGGCGGUUUUUCGGACAACGAAGAGGAUGGGAGAGUAUCGGUCGUGGGAACCGUUUUAUGUUGGCACUCAUUCUGAGCCCUAUUUUCACGAGGGAUUGUCAUGGGAGGGCGGGAGUGAUAAAAGGGCUCAAGGGUACGUCAUGUGCCUGCUUGAUUACGACUUCAUGGUACUUGAUAAUGCAUUCUUGGUGCAUAAACCAGGGAUUAAGAAAAACACUUAUGACGAGGGAAGGUUUAAAUACCAGGAGCAAACCAACGAGUUCCUCAGUGGACGCUUUUUGGAUGAAAUGAAUUUCUUGUACAAUUUCAGUGAAAAUUGUCACGUUUAGGAAAUAAA